AUGCUGGAGAGCAUAUUGCGCAAUCGCAGCGAGAUUGAGGCGUUUCUUCACUCUCAAGACGAUGAGGAGCACGUUGCAUUGCUUGAGCAGCUCAGCCAGGGAGUUACGCGGGGUACGUCGUGGGACUAUUUGCUAGCGCAGGUUUCGAUCAUGGGGGUGUUCAAGAGAGCAAUUGACUUGCUGCGGAGUCGUGACCGCCCGACUUUGCAUCUUGUCUCCUACCUUAAGCCCCAACCGCCCCAAAUGCUUGAUGAUAUUAAGUUUGCACGUGCGGCAAUGAAGCACAAUAUGCGCGCGGUGAUUGCUGAAUUGAAAGCAUACAUAUCGAACAACCGACCAGGAUGGCGUACGAGCAGCGACACUGGCGCAUAUGGGAAUUUGGCUGCGGCAUUUCCCAAUCUGCUGCACCAAGAGACGGAGACCGGGCUGGAUGAGGCGGUCAUGGAAGGUGUGCGACUGCCAUCUUUCAUAACGUUUGCGCCACCGACAAGCACGGGAGAUGGUGAGGGUGCGGUAUAUCGACCCGCCGCCGAAUCUACGCAAGACAUGCUCAAAAAGGAGCUGCAAUGCUAUUUGGGAGAGAAGCUGUCUACCAAAGAAAUCCUGGAAAGCUGUCAGUUUCUGAACAAUGAGAACAAGGACGCUUACGUGUACUUUGACAUACUCGGUUACUGGAAGCAAGUUCCCACUGCUCGCAAAGCUUGCCUCGUUUGUUCUGGCUAUCUCGGCAAGCAGCGCAGAAUGCGAGCGCAGCUUCAGCACCACGCGCUUCAUCAAGUCCGUGCGGCGCUCCGCGCUUUCCAGUGA